UCCGGUCGAGCGGACAUAAUUUUAUUGGUAAAAUAAAAUGUGACAACGAAAAUACCAUACAGGCGAAAGACAAUUUGGUAGUUUGAAAACGAAGUGUGAGUUAGGAGGUUAAAAUCUUUCAUUUUGAUUCGGAGUCACCUAAUCAAAUUCAUAGCAUCGUUCGUGGGCGCCAUAUGCAAGAUUGAAGCGUAUUCUAUUUCUGGCAAAAACGAAGAGUCGAGAAUGCAGAGACACUGAAUUCGAGUUGCUUCUUCACAUUUGAAAGCCAACGGCAAGAAUGUUGAUCAAGAGUCUGCUCUCAAGUAGUUUCCCCUCUGUGGUGAGGUGUUUUUCAUCAAUAGAACCGAAUGUACUUAGAAGUGGAGAUAUCUUGAGACAAACAAGGGUAUAUUCGAGUGAAGAUGUUCUUGAAUACUCUAAGGUCAGUCAGGACUCCAAUCCUCUUCAUUUUGAACCCGAAAUUGCUAGAGCCGCUGGUUUUGAUGAUCCACUUGUUCAUGGGAUGCUUGUUGCUGCACUAUUUCCUCGGAUCAUUUCUUCCCAUUUUCCUGGAGCAAUAUAUGUAUCCCAAAGCCUGCAUUUCAGGUUACCAGUCUACAUUGGAGACAAGAUUCUUGGUGAGGUACAAGCUCUUAAUAUAAGAGAAAUGAAGAAAAAAUACCUAGUGAAAUUCUCAACAAAGUGUUUGAAGAAUGGCGAACUUGUAGUUCUUGAUGGCGAGGCAAUGGCAAUAUUACCAACUCUUGCUGUGUUUGAAGAACAAUCCACCAUAGAUAGGAGCUAGUGCAAAGUUAUAAAUUCAGGUUUCAAAUAAUCUACUCCUAAAGGGCCUCGUACAUGCUUCCAUGAUUUCUAUUAUUUAUUUAAGCAAAGGACCUGAUAAGAGAUCAUGCAUUGAUUUAAUCUGAUCGAGAGGCUUCAUUUCAUUUUUUGGUAAAAAUAUUUUGCAGCUGUUCCAGAGUAAAACGGAGCUUUUUGCUGUCAAUAAUAAACUCUUUAUUUAUCAAGUA